GCCAGCCUAACCCCUCAAAGCGUCUCCCAGACUUGGGUGGUAAAAGAUGAUCGCAGUAUCCGACACCCUGAGAUUCAGGGGUAUCACUGGACGGGAGUUGAGAUAACGUCGCCGGCUGAAAGGGCCAACACUCCUGUGGUCUUCAAGGUACUUCGCUAUGUCUGUGAGCUACUGAAGUCGAAUUACAGAAUCUUGACCAACACAUCCUGCGGAUUCCAUGUCCAUGUAGGCGACGGCGACAACGACAUGACGCUCGAGCACAUCCGGCGAGCCCUCGGAUUUUUCUGGGCUGCGGACCCGCUGCUGAGCUGUUUGCACCCACCACACCGGAGAUACAAUUACUACACGCAGAACAUAAGGGAGGGGAGUGCAUUAUCACAUGGUAAAAGCAGUAAGGGUUAUUUUGCGGGAAGCCAUGGAACGCGUGACAAAUUCUGCACUCGAUAUGUUUUCGCCGGGACGCGGCACGGGGAACUGCCAAUACAGUGGCGGCGCGACAAUCGUAGCCGGCAUCACAUCGAGGCUUUCGAAGCAACUAGAGCACCCGGCCAUUACGAGCCUUUCAUUUGGCGAGACCAUGCCGAAGAUGAACGGAAAAACAACGAGACCCGCAAGACCUACGACGAGUCGGCGUCGGAACUUGAGUUGGCUUCAUUGUUUGAGGACUGGGAAAUCGAGUCUCGUAUAAAGAGACACAAAGCGAAGGCCGACGACGAAGGCAUCGCCGCGGACGUAGGCGCUCCGUAUGUUUCGACGCGGCCCCGGCGGGGUCUAGGCCAUUUUAAGAUUCCGGUAUUUACACCAGAGGACCAAGAUCGGAUCCGCAGAGAAUUCAAUGUGGAACAUGCCAUAUGGCGGCCUAAUGGCAAGGCAGAGCCCGACAUCGGGGUCUUUGCCGGUCUCGCGGAGAUAUUCUCAGCAAGCAGCUCGUGCACGCUGCAACUGCUUCACCGAGUCUCGAGGAACGAGCGCCCGAACUACAACUUCGACUCGUACGCGUGCCCCAUAGCUCAGAGCCGCCCCUUCGAACAACACACUGUAGAGUUCCGUCAAGCGGCGGGAACGCUAGAUGGCGCCUGGGUCGAGGUAUGGGCGAGAAUCUGCGUCGGCCUCACGCACUUCGCCAUCCACGCCCCCGUCCCCGAGUACUUGAGUGUCAUGUAUCACCUACAUGAAGCCCAAGCCGAGGGAGCCCCGUACAAUGUGAUAGACUUGCUAGACGAGGUUGGCCUAUUUGCCGAGGCAGAGUUUGCGGCGAAGAGGCUUGCGCGGUAUAAGAAGGAGUGGGGGCUGAAGUUCACGAACGAGACGGACGAACCGUCAUGAAUGGAAUCCAGGUAGGUAGGUAUGUAAACCCGCCUUGCGCUGGGACCCAAUUGACUCCGAGGCUCUCUCGUUUCCAGAUUGGGUUGGAAUUCACGAAAAUGAGAGAGGGCCAAGAGCAGAGGUAGGUAGGUAAGACGCGAACGACUCUCGAAAUACAGAGCGUUGCUCUAAGGUAAGUAAAUAAAAGAUAACGUUACAUACCAAUUGAGCCAGCCCUUAUAUGCCUACAUACCGCAAAGCGUAAAUGUAGG